AGGUUAAUUUCCUUUUUCAGCAGGACAAAAGGAGCAAGCUAUUGAAUGGUAUAAGAAAGGCAUCGAAGAACUGGAGAAAGGAAUAGCUGUUUUAGUUGUUGGUCAAGGUGAUCAGUGCGACCGAGCACGACGUCUACAAUCUAAAAUGAUGACUAAUAUGGCUAUGGCCAAGGAUCGGUUGCAGCUUCUAGAGAAGCUGCAGGCAGUUUUGCAAAUUUCCAAGCCGCAAAUGGAGGUCUAUAAUGACAGUACUAACCUGGCAUGCCGCAAUGGACAUCUCCAGUCAGAAAGUGGAGCAGUUCCAAAAAAGAAGGAUCCAUUAGCACACACAAGUAACUCUCUUCCUCGUUCAAAAACCGUUGCAAAAACUGGACCCACAGGUCUUUCAGGUCACCAUAGAACUCCUAGUUACAGUGCGAUAUCAACCGUAUCUAGACAAGGAACUAAUCCUGCAACCUCAACACACAAGGUUACGCCAAAAAAUAGCAGAACUAAUAAGCCUUCUACUCCUACAACGGCUGCUCGAAAAAAGAAAGACUUGAAGAUUUUUAGAAAUGUGGACAGCAAUCUUGCAAAUCUUAUUCUGAAUGAAAUUGUUGACAGUGGGCCAACUGUCAAAUUUGAUGAUAUUGCUGGGCAGGAGCUGGCUAAGCAGGCACUGCAAGAAAUUGUUAUCCUUCCCUCCCUCAGACCUGAGUUAUUUACAGGACUUAGAGCUCCUGCACGAGGACUAUUGUUGUUUGGCCCUCCAGGAAAUGGAAAAACGAUGUUGGCCAAAGCCGUUGCUGCAGAAUCAAAUGCAACCUUCUUUAACAUAAGUGCUGCAAGCCUAACUUCCAAAUAUGUGGGUGAAGGUGAGAAACUUGUGCGCGCGCUGUUUGCCGUAGCCAGGGAACUUCAGCCUUCUAUAAUUUUUAUAGAUGAAGUUGAUAGCCUUUUAUGUGAAAGAAGAGAAGGUGAACAUGAUGCUAGUAGGCGCCUGAAAACAGAAUUUUUAAUAGAAUUUGAUGGUGUGCAGUCUUCUGGAGAAGACAGAAUACUUGUAAUGGGGGCAACUAACAGGCCACAAGAGCUUGAUGAUGCUGUUCUCAGACGAUUUACCAAACGGGUGUAUGUAUCUUUACCAAAUGAGGAGACCAGAUUGAUUUUACUAAAAAACCUUUUAAGCAAGCAAGGAAGCCCAUUGACCCAAAAAGAGCUGGCCCAACUAGCUAGAAUGACAGAUGGAUAUUCAGGAAGUGAUCUAACUGCACUAGCAAAGGAUGCAGCACUGGGCCCUAUUCGAGAACUAAAACCAGAACAGGUGAAGAAUAUGUCAGCAAGUGAGAUGAGGAAUAUCAAAUUGACGGAUUUCACAGAGUCUUUGAAGAAGAUAAAGCGCAGUUUGAGCCCUCAAACCGUGGAUGCAUACAUUCGCUGGAACAAGGACUUUGGCGAUACCACAGUUUGAAACACUGCUUUGUAAAAGUGAGAGAAGAAAGUGCUAUCUGCAAGAAGCAAUUGGUACAGACUGCUGGACUGCAGCCAGAGUUUACAGGACUUUACAGAUCUUUAUCUGCACUAAAACUUGAGAUUGAAUAAAGAAAAAAUGUACAAUGUGAAAUAUGUUGAUCAAGGCUUCCUUGCCAUUUGUGCACAGGGCACUCUAAGUUAGAGCACAAUAAGGCCUGGGGUAAACUCUCUAGCAAUCUAAUCAUGAUAUAAACAAUAAUUUGUGCAUUGUGUUGUAGCUAGAAGGUUCCAAUGGCAUUUACUGUUGGAAGGCCCUACUCCCUUAGUUAAUUUUAUAAUUUUGCUUAUGGUGUUGACUUUUCCUGCUUUCUUCCUGAUAACAACUAACUUAACUGGACUUUUGUAAAUUUUUAUUGUUUCCAUUUUUGACAUUUUUAUUCACACUGUGCCAAAUAAACAAUUUCCCUAUGCAACAGGAAGAACAGCAUUGGGGAGUAGCAUUAUUAAAAAGGAUAAGGCAGCUGGUCUGUUAUUACUUUCUUUUGUCUGGUUGUAUUAUGGCUAUACAGUUCACAUGACAGUUUUAAAUUCUUUGCUAGCAGAAUGGCGCAAAAAAGAAACUUCUUAAAAAAAUCAGUUUUACGAUUACAUCAUAAAAUUAGUAAACUAAGCCAUUCUUUACCUGCAAUAUUGUUUAAUGCAUUUGUGCAGCUUACACUGUAGAAUGCCAGCUUAUCUUUAUGAUGCAAAACUUUCACUUGAAGACCAACUGACACAUGAGAGGGUAAGUCAUAAACUGUCAGAUUUUUUAAACUGAAGUCUUACAGUCUGUACCAGUUUACUUCCAUUUUGGUUUUUACCUUCUUAAAUUUUAAGUGUGCAUUAAGGCAAGAGGCUACAGGUUUAAUACACACUGGCAUUUUUAUAGCCUUCAUAUAUUUUGGUUUAUAUACUGGUAUCUAUUCUAGAUUCAGCUGAUCUGUUCUUAUUAAAGUAAGUAUGGUCUUAAUGAAAAUCCGGGUAUUUGUAUUUAUACUCUGAUAAAGGUAAAUACAUGCUUGCCCUUUUAUUGCAUAGGGUUGAUAUUUUUUGUUUACAAAUUCAACUGUGGAGCUUAAAACUUUGACAAGAAAGUGCUUGUAGGAAGGAAUACAGUCUUAGCUUUGGAAAACUUCUUUCACUAAUGUUAGACACCCCACCUUACUGAAGAUUUUGCCAGAUAAAUAAUGUUUUCAUUUUCAUCUUCAGUAAUAAUGUUCCUAAAUCAGUUUAUAUAGACUUUUUUUUUUUUAGCUUUUUUAAAUUAGCAACAGAAUUCUCCAUUAAGAUUUUCAUUAAAAGAAAUGUUCUUACAUAUGGAGGAAUAAAGCAGUUUAAAACACUGUAGGGAUAGUUGAUCUUAGCAAUUAUAAAAAUAAUUUACAGAGCUGCUGUGCUGCUGAUACCACCAGAGUGCUGUCUUUUGUUCAGUAUCUGACAGCAGGAACUAAAUCGUAAAAGCUGCGUCAAAACUGUACAGAGGAGUAUAUGUGACUGUUCUAGGGUUUCUCUUUUUCUUUUCUUUGUUUUAAACUGCCGAUUGCUUAAUAUAACAAAAAAUCAGUUAAGGCAAUGAGACAUGAUAAGAAAUACAGGAGGUUGUGUUACACAAAUGCUUUUUGAAGACUGAAAGGUUUUCAAGAUUGACAUUUUUUAAACAUGUUUAUUAUAAAUAAUUAAGGUGUGUGGGUUCUUUUCCCCUGAUCCAUCUCUCUUCAGUUUAAACUAGCCAGCAGCACUAAAGGAUUUCAGUGCCUCAGCUUUCUAUAAAAAGCCUUUUAAUUCCUUGUUGUCUGGCUUUUGUUCUGCCUUAGGACUAUGAAGUGUCUGUUUUGCACCACUUGGCUAAUUCAUACCAUUUUUGUUAGGCUUGGGGCCAAGGUUGGUUAGUAUUACUUUAGUUAUUCAGAAGGGUACUGUAACAGGUGAACAUCUAGGAAAGACUCUGCAUCUUCUCUCUUGUUAUCUAAACUUGCCUUGAUGUCAUUUUGGAGCAGUAAUUACUUUGUAUAGUACAAGAGAUCUGUUUAAACUUUAUUUUUAGUCAGGUUUUGUGCUGUCCAACCUACAUUUUUUUACUUUACUUAAACAGGAAGAAAUGUACUAGAGUCUUACACAAGAAGGUAUAAUUCAGUGCAACCUUUUUUCACUUGCAGUAUAGGGAUCAUCUUGUUCACCUGCAACGAAAAUACACCUAUAUGCAGCACUUAUCAUGCAGAAGACCUUAAACAUGCAUAGGGCAGAUAGGUUUAGGAAAUAUCCAUUUCAUACAAAUCAGUACAGGUCGUAAGGUAGAGUCUAGGCAUAUGUGGACAAUUACCAAUACUUAUUGUUAAAGUUGCUGUCUAACCCAUCCUGAAUAUUAUGUUUUUAUAAUGUGGGAACAGACUACAUACGGUAUUAUAGAUGUUACUAACACAGCAAUGAGUAGUAGGACUGCUUAUCCGACUGGUUCUCUAUUUUUGCCACAAUUGUUGCAUUUUUGACAGCACCGUGAACUGGUUUAUCAUCCAUAGAUUUCCUUUGAGCUUCAAGAUUUACAGUUGGCUAAAUGAUUCUUUCUGAAUUGGCAGUUCUGCCUUCUUCAGGGAAAUAUCUUGGCAUUUUGUUCUGUUCUUUGAUACAUUUGUGGCCUAGAAUUACCUGGAUGCUUCUGUAAAUCACUUGUAAAGUGAAAUUAGUGGGGGGUUUUGUUCUGCAUUUCAGGUUUAAGUAUGUUCCAGUCCAGCAACUUCCAUUUAUCCACACUGAACUAACAGCAUAAAAGCUGACAUUUGAAAUGUAUGCUUUGCUUUCUAAAGCUGUGUUGCUGUUUGUUAGAUAAAUGUGGAUCUCUUUA